AUGCUGAGCGGAGCGCGCGGCCGGCUCACCUCUGCACUGCUGGCCACGGUCGCCCUUAGGUGCCUGCACGCAUCGGGGGCGCGGCCGUCAGUGGACCGGAGGGAGUGGGCAGAGGGUGCCUUCGACCCAGCGCUGCUGGAGUUCUUGGUAUGCCCGCUCUCCAAGAAGCCGCUCAGAUAUGACACAUCAACGAAUGAAUUGAUUAAUGAAGAGUUGGGAAUAGCUUAUCCAGUCAUUGAUGGGAUUCCCAAUAUGAUACCACAGGCAGCCAGGAGGACACAUCAAAGUACAAAGCAAGAAGAAAGAGUAACACCAAAUCAGAAUUGAAAACUACACAGCAUUU